CCAGGCUAUGGGGAUCAAGACAGCCUUGCCCGCGGCGGAGCUGGGCCUGUACUCCCUGGUGCUGAGCGGGGCCCUAGCCUAUGCUGGCCGGGGCCUCCUUGAGGCUUCACAAGGUGGGGCCCACAGGAAGGCUUUCCGGGAGUCUGUGCGACCCGGCUGGGAGUACAUUGGCCGGAAGAUGGACGUGGCUGACUUCGAGUGGGUGAUGUGGUUCACCUCCUUCCGCAAUGUCAUCAUCUUCGCCCUCUCCGGACACGUGCUGUUUGCUAAACUCUGCACGAUGGUUGCCCCCCAGCUCCGUUCCUGGAUGUAUGCUGUGUAUGGGGCCCUGGCCGUAGUGGGGACGAUGGGUCCUUGGUACCUGCUGCUGCUGCUUGGCCACUGUGUGGGCCUCUAUGUUGUCUCACUCUUGGGCCAGCCCUGGCUCUGCCUCGGCCUCGGCCUGGCCAGCCUGGCCUCUUUCAAGCUGGACCCCCUCAUCUCCUGGCAGAGCGGGUUUGUAACAGGGACUUUUGAUCUUCAAGAGGUGCUGUUUCACGGGGGCAGCGGUUUCACAGUGCUGCGUUGCACCAGCUUUGCGCUGGAGAGCUGUGCCCACCCUGAGCGCCGCUACUCCCUAGCUGACCUGCUCAAGUACAAUUUCUACCUGCCCUUCUUCUUCUUCGGGCCCAUCAUGACCUUUGAUCGCUUCCACGCUCAGGUGAGCCAGGUGGAGCCGGCGCGGCGAGAGGGCGAGCUGUGGCGCAUCCGGGCCCAGGCGGGCCUCAGCGUGGUAGCCAUCCUGGCCGUGGACAUCUUCUUCCACUUCUUCUACAUCCUCACCAUCCCCAGUGACCUCAAGUUCGCCAACCGCCUCCCGGACAGCGCCCUGGCUGGCUUAGCCUACUCAAACCUGGCGUAUGACUGGGUGAAGGCGGCCGUGCUCUUCGGCGUCGUCAACACCGUGGCGCGCCUCGACCACUUGGACCCGCCCCGGCCUCCCAAGUGCAUCACCGCGCUCUACGUCUUCGCUGAGACGCACUUUGACCGUGGCAUCAACGACUGGCUUUGCAAGUACGUGUAUGACCACAUUGGUGGGGAGCACUCUGAGGUGAUCCCAGAGCUGGGGGCCACCGUGGCCACAUUUGCCAUCACCACUCUGUGGCUUGGACCUUGUGAUAUUGUCUACCUGUGGUCAUGCCUUAACUGCUUUGGCCUCAACUUUGAGCUCUGGGUACAGAAGCUGGCGAAGUGGGGACCCCUGGCACAAAUUGAGGCCUCUCUGUCGGAGCAGAUGUCCCGCAGGGUCCGAGCCAUCUUUGGGGCCAUGAACUUCUGGGCUAUCGUCAUGUACAACCUCGUAAGCCUGAACAGCCUUGAGUUCACAGAGCUGGUGGCCCGGCGCCUGGUUCUCACAGGGUUCCCCCAGACCACGCUGGCCGUCCUGUUUGUCACCUACUGUGGUGUCCAGCUGGUGAAGGAGCGAGAGCGAACCCUGGCGCUAGAGGAGGAGCAGAAGCAGGACAAAGAGAAGCUGGAGUAGGGGGGAGGGGGAGAGGGAGGGGCUCAGGUCAGCUAUUCCAGGGCCCUGGUCCAGGUCAGGCCAGACGGGGCCUGCCCGAUAGAAUAAAAGACUUUUCUACCG